CUGCACGUCCAACGGAUGAUAGAUAGCGCAUAAAACCUCCAUCAAUUCAUUAGGGUUUGCAGCAGCGGGCUCUCUGUCUCCCUUCCGUAUAAAUUCAGCGCUCCACGGUUUACCCUUUCCUCGCCCCAUUUCCUCCUCCUCCUCUUGUCCAUUUCUUCUUCUCCGUGCUCCCUGUGGUGCUGUCAAGGAGAGAUAUGGCGGCGAAGAAGGCCAGAGUGACGAGCAGGAACCCGGAAUUGAUCCGGGGGAUCGGGAAGUACUCGCGGUCGAAGAUGUACCACAAGCGCGGGAUCUGGGCGAUCAAGGCCAAGUACGGCGGCGCAUUACCCCGCCACGAGCCCAAGGCGGCGCCGCCCAAGCCCACCGAGAAGCCCCCAAAGUUCUACCCCACCGACGACGUCAAGAUCCCCAUUCCGAAUCGCCGCAAGCCCAAGCCCACGAAGCUCAGGCCGAGCAUUACGCCCGGGACGGUGUUGAUUCUUCUCGCGGGGAGGUUUAUGGGGAAGCGAGUUGUCUUCUUGAAGCAGCUGCCUUCGGGAUUGCUCCUCGUUACUGCGUAUCAUAACUCU